AUGGCGUCAAACCCCCCAGAAUACAACUCCCAAGGCUGGAGCGGCACAGCAGCCCUCUACAGAGAAAAAGUCAACAACGUAACCAACAAACCCGCCGCCCUCGCCGUCGACAACGCCGCCGCCAUCAAACCCAUCGACAAAACCUCGCACGUCAUCGACGUCGCUUCAGGCGCCGGAGUAGUCACCCAGCACGUGGCGGAGACCUAUGCAGGCGCCAAAAUCACCGCCAUCGACUCAGCCCAGCAGAUGCUCGACGUCAUCCAGGUGCCCGCAGGGACAUCCUUGGAGAGAAAACUCCUCGACGCCGGGGAAUUGUCGCAAGCCUUCCCAGCGGGAACGUUUUCGCACGCCAUCUGUACGUUCGCUUUGCACGUCGUUCCGGACUCGAUGAAAGUCAUCCGGGAAAUGCGGAAAGUGCUCCAGCCGGAUGGGGUCAUCGCCAUCGCAGUCUGGGGCCAGCGGAUGGACAACAACGCCACAUUCCUGCAAGCUGCCCAGUCCAUUGACCCGACGUACCAACUUCCGCCUCAGAUGGGGCCCACGCAUGGAUGGCGGACACCGGAGACUUUGAGAGAGAAGCUGGAAGAGGCCGGAUUCCGGGAUAUGCAGACGACGGACGAGAUGCUGAUGCCGUUUGGGUUUGCGAAUGCGGAGGAGUGGACGAGGUUCGUGUUUGAGGGGAAGCAUCCGGUUGAGGAGUUGAAGUUGAGGACUUGGACGAGGGAUUUGGAGGCGCUUAGGAGGGCUGAGUUGAGAGUGACUAGGGAGGACUUUGAUGAUGCCAGGGGGAUGAUGGCUAGUUCGGUUGUAGCUGUUGCGAGAGUAUGA